GAAACUUCUAGGCUAUUAAUGUUGUCUGUGCAUUGUAGGCUAGGGCGCUUCCCAAAAGUUUGGCAAAAUAACUGGUUGUAGCCUACAUAGACGUUAAACAAUGCUUUUCGUAUGGCGAGCAACCUUAAAACAAACCUAAAUUGCUCACUAGCUAAUAUCCAUCAUACUCCCUCACUCACCCAGGCUUGACCCCCGCCGCCAGGACCAACCGCUCGGUAACGUUAGUCCUUCCCGAGCUCCGUAAGUGAAGAUGGCGCAGGCACUAUCGGAAGAGGAGUUCCAUCGAAUGCAGGCUCAGCUUCUGGAGCUAAGAACGCAGAACUACCAACUCUCGGAUGACCUGCGGAAGAACUCUGCUGAGCUCAAUAAUGUCAGGCAGAAAAACGUUACCUUGGAGAAGGACUACAUCAAAGCACAGAAGGCAUUGAACAAGAGCAAGAAGGCUCAGGAGGUGGAUGCCUUGCUCAGCGAGAAUGAGAUGCUUCAGGGGAAGCUGCACAGCCAGGAGGAUGACUUCAGACUGCAGAACAGCACCCUCAUGCAAGAGCUGUCCAAGCUGUGCUCCCAGAUCGAGCAGCUGGAGCAGGAGAACAAGUCCCUGCGGGAUGGGAAGGGCCUACAGGCCACGGCCCCAAGCCCCGUGUCCUCUCCUGGGCCCGUGGACGGGGAGCUGCUCAGGCUACAGGCCGAGAACUCUGCACUGCUCAAGAAGAUUGCAGUCCUUCAAGAGCGGCAGGAGAGCCAGUUGAAGAGUCCGCGGGGAGCCGAGGUCACAGACGGCAGUGUGGCGGUGAUAGAUGGGGCUGUUGACAGUAAUGGGGUGCAGCCGCACCCUGACACCAGCGGGAGUGUGGGCAUGGAGGAUGGCGAGACUGGUCACAGUGAUAGGCUGGCACAGGCAGAGGUGAAGUGUGCUACUCUGGAACAGCGGGUGAAUGAGCUGAGUGAGGUUGAACUCAAGCUGCAGACUGAGAUGGAAGAGAAACUCCUGCUGAAAGGGCAGCUCCAUACUCUAGAGUCCUCCAAGCAGGCCGAUGUGAGCAAACUUAAUGAGGAACUGGCAAAGCUCACGGAUAAACUGAAGAAAAAGCAGGAGAGCUUUUUGCGGCUCCAAAGCGAAAAGGAGGUUCUCUACAAUGAUAGCAGGACGAAGAUCGAUGAGAUCCAGCAGAGGAAGGAGGAGGAGCUGAAGUCCAUGAACAUCCGCAUUCAGAAACUGCAGGCAGACCUCACGUCGGCUAAUCAGAGUAUAGCCGAGUUGAAGGAGCAGCUCCAGAGUAAAGAGAAAGAACACGAGGUGGCUCUGCACACGCUGAAGGAUCAGGUAGCGUGUCAGAGCGCGGUCAGUCAGGAGCAGGUGGAGGGCAUGCUGAGCGAGAACGACGCCCUCAGGACUAACCUAGCCGCCCUAGAACAGAUCCAGACAGUUAAGACUCAGGAGAUGAACUUGCUGCGUGACCAGAACAUGGCUCUGAAUGCAGAGCUGCAGCAGAGGCGGACUGACCAGGAGAGUUUCAUGGCCCAGAAGGACGACCUCAACUCCCAGCUACAGGAGGCGAACCGGGCCAACAGUCGACUCCUGGAACAGCUGAAUGAAUUGGGCCAGGAGAAGGACAGGCUACAGCAGGACCUGGAGGAAGCCAAAAAGACGGCGGACAAGCGCAAGGGGAUGCUGGACGAGCUGGCGAUCGAGAUGGCCCAGGAGAAGUCGCGGCACAAGGAGGAGCUGAGCGACGUGCGGCUGCAGCACGAGAAGGAGGUGCUGAGCGUGCGCGCCCGCUACGAGAAGGAGCUCCGCGGCCUCCACGAGGAGAAGAACCGCACGGAGGAGGAGAUCCGGACACAGCUCCGGGAGGAGAAGGCUCGUACCAAAGAGCUGGAAGGCCUGCAGCAGAGUGUGGAGGAGCUCCAGGCCCAGGUCCAGUCCAUGGAGGGCACCAAGGGCUGGUUUGAGCGCAGACUCAAGGAGGCCGAGGAGAGCAUAGAGAAGAAGACUCUAGAUCACCAGGAGGCGAUCCAGAAGCUUCAGAAGGAGCAUGUUGUCCAGCUAGAGGGUAAGGAGGGAGAAGUGGAAGCUGUGAAGGAGCAGCUUGUUGAGGUGGAGAAACAGAGGGAAGUCCAAGAAGCCUCCAUCGCUAAACUCAAACAGGAGAUUAAAGACACUGUGGAUGGACAGAGAAUCCUGGAGAAAAAGGGAAGCUCGGCGCUGAAGGACCUGAAGAGGCAGCUCCACCUGGAGAGGAAGCGGGCGGACAAGCUUCAGGAGCGGCUUCAGGAGAUCCUCACCAACACUAAGACUUCCUCAGGCCUGGAGGAGCUGGUUCUGUCUGAGAUCAGUUCUCCAAGCCGUACGCAGCAGACCGGGGACAGCAGCAGUGUCUCCUCUUUCAGCUACCGGGAGAUGAUGAAGGAGGGAGGGGCCACCCAGAGCGCUAAUAAGUCUAACACCGGUAGUCCUCAGUCUCAGCGGCCGGCCGACCUGUCUGAUGAUGAAGUCGGUGAGCUGUUCCAGAGGCUGGCUGAGGUCCAGCAGGAGAAAUGGCUGCUGGAGGAGAAGGUGAAACACUUGGAGGUAAGCUGCUCGUCCAUGGCAGAUGACAUCUGUAAGAAGAGCGCUAUCAUCGAGACCUAUGUCAUGGACAGCAGGAGAGAUGUCUCAGGUGCAGCUAUGGUGGCCCACGGGGGUCCAGCGGAGCGAGGGGGUCUCGGGUCGGUGCUGCGCGACCUGGUGAAGCCGGGCGACGAGAACCUGCGGGAGAUGAACAAGAAGCUGCAGCAUAUGCUGGAGGAGCAGCUGACCAAGAACAUGCACCUACAAAAGGACUUGGAGGUCCUGUCUCAGGAGAUUGUCCGCCUAAGCUCAGAUCCCAGCAAGGAGCCUGACACAACAGGCUGAGGCUGGCCCUGCCUCUCGUCCUCAGAAGAAGAAAAACACACACCUCUUCCACUCAUCUUCUCAUCACUCUGUUUCGAUGGCUACUAGGAGGAUUCUGCCCGUCCUUGUGUGUGACUGAAGACUGAUCCUUCCGGUGGGGGGAGAGAAACUACAAAAGUUUUGAGUCGGGUGACUGACAGAGUGUUUGCUCUUUUAUAACUUAUUUACUACUGAAUGUAUUUGCUGUAACCCCUGUUCAUUUUGUCGUUGUUAUUAUUUUGGACAUUUUAUCUCUGUAACCUGUUAAAAAAAACAAACAAAAAAAAAAAAACCACCUCCCACAGUGAAAACGCUAGCUCUUUAAGAGAUCUGCAGAUCUGGGUGCAGCAAGUUCUAGAGGCGCUAGCUGGCACAGGAGAAUGGAACUUAAUGGGGAGGGUUGGGGUGGGGGACUCGACUCGAUACACCACUGACUGAGAUUCACAGGACAGAUUAGCUGACACGCUGAGCUGCAGCAGAAUGAGCUUUACGUUCCGCUUGCCUGUAAACCGAGAGGCUCUUGCUUGCCGCAUUGGCCUUUCUAUGCUUUCAUACACAUUUCAAACACAAAAGCUCUUCUAUCUUUUUCACAGUCAUCUUACUUGAUUUGUUACUUGUGUUGUUUUUUGUUUUGUUUUGUUGUUGUUUAACGUGACUGAUUGCUGUACAUGAAUUGACUAUGAUCAAGGCAACUGUAAAUUAUUUGCUUAUUUGCUUUAGACUGGUUUGUCUAAAGCAAUAUUAUGGAAGAUUCUAAAAAAGAAAAACCAAAAUGAUGGCGCUUUGACACACUUUGUGAUCUCUGAUCCUGAAUCGAGUUCAGAGAGUCAUUUAAGUUCAUCUGGAGCUCAUUAAGGUGAACGGUUUAGGAAAGAAAAAAAAAAAGACGUCCUAUUUGCGGUGAUGGAGCUUUUAUAGCUCGCUGUUCAUCGUCUGUAUUUCUGUGGCAAGGCAAGGCAACGUGAAACCCCCACCUCCCCCCUUUCUCUCAUUAUGUCAUCGUCUCUGAUCGCUAACCCCGUCGCUUCUGUUCUCUCCUCCAGCCUACUUGAAUGACGCAGCCGACCUGAACGCAAUGUUCCCGGUCCUUAGGGCUAGCGUGUCGCGACAGCCACUUCCCCACAAACUGGUGCGGAUCUUGUCCAUAACCGGAAAUUACGGGUCAGGUAAUUAACUGCUAGAGGCUGUCGCUCCGCAACCCGCCCAACUCAAACAAAACUGCAUAUAACGCGCAUGUUCGAGAACAUUCCACUGUUGCGCAUAUACUUUUGUGUGUGUGUGUGUGUUUCAUUCGUUUUGUACACAUUUUAUUGUGCAUCACAUGUAAAAGAAGAGGAUAUUUAGUCUAGCUUGUGUGCAAGUCUCAGAUGUGACUGUUUGACAGCUGGCCUGUGAUGUUGCGAAGACAAGGCCGAGCUCCAAACGCUUCCAAUGGAGGCUGACCGAGGAUAGUGAACCUUGGAGUGUGUGACGCUUUGCUUCAGAUGUUAUGUAUGUAUGUAUGUAUGUAUGUAUGUGUGUAUGUGCGUGUUUGAGUGUGUGACCUGUAUACUUGGGCUGUCUAAUCACUUGAUUGUCCAGGUUCCCUCAUAUAUAUUAUUAUUAUUAUAUUAUAUUAUUGUUAUUCUUUUUUGCAUAUGUGUACAUUUACAUUAAUUUGAAUGCAGUGACCACACCAUCUGUGCAAAGCCCAUUUCUUUGUUUUAAGAGGUAUGCCUUCAGACGUUCCAAGGAAAUGUUGCAUUGAAAAGUUUUUAGUUAGUUGCAGCCACUUUUCCCCAGAUGGAGAGGUCCUCGUUCAUCCCAACCAGUAACAUGUUGGGCUGCUGUUAUUCAGGCCUUCAAUGAAGUCACAUUUGGAAUGUAUUUAUUUUUGUCUUUGCUUUACUUUAAAUCAACUGGAAGCUGGCUAUCGAUCUCCAUAUUUAACUUAACAUUUUUCUCGGCUGUAGAUCUUUUUAAGUGAUAAUACUAACUUCUAGAUAAUGUUUUAUCCAUGAUUUAGUUUCAUCCUACAUGUGAAAAAUAUCUCAAUCGUUUGCAUGUUUGUUGACCAAGACCUUUGGGAAAAAUUACUUUUAUCAUUCAUUUAGAUAGGCCCUACAAAGACCUAACACAUAUGAUUUCAAAUGCAGUUGAACUAACCUUCACUUGUGAUUAAUGCAACAAGCAUCCUGGCCUGUAAUGUUAAGCAUCUUAUCAGCCUUCAUGUACUGUAAGUAUUCAAGUAUUGCUUUCCACAGAGAGUAAAUAAUUAAAGAAAUCUAUCAAAGACUUAAGUGCUA